AUGCAGUGCAUGUGUGGCUGUCCCUUCCUCCAUGUGCCAUCCAUCACAUCACCUGUCUUUGUCUUGCUUCAUCCACUGCCCAAUCACUGUAGGCUCACUCCUGCGCCAAACCCCUGUAUGCCCCACGUGCCACCCAUCACCUUGCCACUCUUUUGCAUCCCCACAUGCUCUCUCAUUCCCGCUGCCCCCACACGGCACCCCCUCUGCAGGCACGGCAAGCGCAUUCUCCUUCAGCAUCCUCCCGUCUUUGAGCCCUGCACACCACACCAUGCCGGACCACAACCUGGUGAAUCACAACAUGCCGAACCACAACCUGGUGAAUCACAACCUGCCGAACCACAACCUGGUGAAUCACAACCUGCCGAACCACAACCUGGUGAAUCACAACCUGCCGAACCACAACCUGGUGAAUCACAACCUGCCGAACCACAACCUGGUGAAUCACAACCUGCCGAACCACAACCUGGUGAAUCACAACCUGCCGAACCACAACCUGGUGAAUCACAACCUGCCGAACCACAACCUGGUGAAUCACAACCUGCCGAACCACAACCUGGUGAAUCACAACCUGCCGAACCACAACCUGGUGAAUCACAACCUGCCGGACCACAAUCUUCCGAGCCACAACCACCAGAAUCAGCAGGCGGUGCAACAGGCGUGGCAGUGCACUUCCACCGAGGCCUCCACCACCCUUGCAGUUGCAGUGCUGCCCUCCCUUGCAGUGCUGCCCUCCCUUGCAGUGCUGCCCUCCCUUGCAGUGCUGCCCUCCCUUGCAGUGCUGCCCUCCCUUGCAGUGCUGCCCUCCCUUGCAGUGCUGCCCUCCCUUGCAGUGCUGCCCUCCCUUGCAGUGCUGCCCUCCCUUGCAGUGCUGCCCUCCCUUGCAGUGCUGCCCUCCCUUGCAGUGCUGCCCUCCCUUGCAGUGCUGCCCUCCCUUGCAGUGCUGCCCUCCCUUGCAGUGCUGCCCUCAAUUGCAGUGCUGCCCUCCCUUGCAGUGCUGCCCUCCCUUGCAGUGCUGCCCUCCCUUGCAGUGCUGCCCUCCCUUGCAGUGCUGCCCUCCCUUGCAGUGCUGCCCUCCCUUGCAGUGCUGCCCUCCCUUGCAGUGCUGCCCUCCCUUGCAGUGCUGCCCUCCCUUGCAGUGCUGCCCUCCCUUGCAGUGCUGCCCUCCCUUGCAGUGCUGCCCUCCCUUGCAGUGCUGCCCUCCCUUGCAGUGCUGCCCUCCCUUGCAGUGCUGCCCUCCCUUGCAGUGCUGCCCUCCCUUGCAGUGCUGCCCUCCCUUGCAGUGCUGCCCUCCCUUGCAGUGCUGCCCUCCCUUGCAGUGCUGCCCUCCCUUGCAGUGCUGCCCUCCCUUGCAGUGCUGCCCUCCCUUGCAGUGCUGCCCUCCCUUGCAGUGCUGCCCUCCCUUGCAGUGCUGCCCUCCCUUGCAGUGCUGCCCUCCCUUGCAGUGCUGCCCUCCCUUGCAGUGCUGCCCUCCCUUGCAGUGCUGCCCUCCCUUGCAGUGCUGCCCUCCCUUGCAGUGCUGCCCUCCCUUGCAGUGCUGCCCUCCCUUGCAGUGCUGCCCUCCCUUGCAGUGCUGCCCUCCCUUGCAGUGCUGCCCUCCCUUGCAGUGCUGCCCUCCCUUGCAGUGCUGCCCUCCCUUGCAGUGCUGCCCUCCCUUGCAGUGCUGCCCUCCCUUGCAGUGCUGCCCUCCCUUGCAGUGCUGCCCUCCCUUGCAGUGCUGCCCUCCCUUGCAGUGCUGCCCUCCCUUGCAGUGCUGCCCUCCCUUGCAGUGCUGCCCUCCCUUGCAGUGCUGCCCUCCCUUGCAGUGCUGCCCUCCCUUGCAGUGCUGCCCUCCCUUGCAGUGCUGCCCUCCCUUGCAGUGCUGCCCUCCCUUGCAGUGCUGCCCUCCCUUGCAGUGCUGCCCUCCCUUGCAGUGCUGCCCUCCCUUGCAGUGCUGCCCUCCCUUGCAGUGCUGCCCUCCCUUGCAGUGCUGCCCUCCCUUGCAGUGCUGCCCUCCCUUGCAGUGCUGCCCUCCCUUGCAGUGCUGCCCUCCCUUGCAGUGCUGCCCUCCCUUGCAGUGCUGCCCUCCCUUGCAGUGCUGCCCUCCCUUGCAGUGCUGCCCUCCCUUGCAGUGCUGCCCUCCCUUGCAGUGCUGCCCUCCCUUGCAGUGCUGCCCUCCCUUGCAGUGCUGCCCUCCCUUGCAGUGCUGCCCUCCCUUGCAGUGCUGCCCUCCCUUGCAGUGCUGCCCUCCCUUGCAGUGCUGCCCUCCCUUGCAGUGCUGCCCUCCCUUGCAGUGCUGCCCUCCCUUGCAGUGCUGCCCUCCCUUGCAGUGCUGCCCUCCCUUGCAGUGCUGCCCUCCCUUGCAGUGCUGCCCUCCCUUGCAGUGCUGCCCUCCCUUGCAGUGCUGCCCUCCCUUGCAGUGCUGCCCUCCCUUGCAGUGCUGCCCUCCCUUGCAGUGCUGCCCUCCCUUGCAGUGCUGCCCUCCCUUGCAGUGCUGCCCUCCCUUGCAGUGCUGCCCUCCCUUGCAGUGCUGCCCUCCCUUGCAGUGCUGCCCUCCCUUGCAGUGCUGCCCUCCCUUGCAGUGCUGCCCUCCCUUGCAGUGCUGCCCUCCCUUGCAGUGCUGCCCUCCCUUGCAGUGCUGCCCUCCCUUGCAGUGCUGCCCUCCCUUGCACUCGCCACCCCCCCCACCACCACUGCAGUGUGCCCCCGCACCUCACUGCACCACUCUCAGCACCCAUCUCCCCUCCCUCACAGCGACCAGCCCCAGCAGCCCUCCCAUCUCCACCACUCAUCUCAUCUGCAGCACCCGUCCUGCCACUGUCCCGCACUACUGUUCCUACCCAAUGCGGGUCUGCCUGCCUUCCCCUCCUGGCGAGACACGCUGGUGAGUGGGAGCAGGAGAAGAGGGAGGGAGUGGGGCUUGUUGGGUGGGAUGCACGUCUAGUUGUGGAAGGAGGUCAAGGGGAUGAGGCAGGCGCGUGA